CCUUUCUCCUCUUCUAGAGCAGGUACCUCUAAGAAUUCAUUAAUGGCUUCUUCUGGGUUAUCCGCUUUAAUCUGCUUCGCAUUAUAGUAUUUAUUUUCGAUCCCGAUAUCACCAGCCUCAUCGUCAUCGGCGUCCUCAUACUCGAAGUCAUAUCUAUAUUAAAAUGGUUAGUGGUUGCAGCAGGAAGCUGGCGACGAGAUAGAUAACAACGUACUCCUCCUGGUCAGAGUCCUGCAUAAAAUCGUCAUCCGACAUCUUAAAGGAAUAUGAGGUUGUAACUAGCCCACAAGGCCCGUGUUAAUUGGAGAUCACAAGCUUUUCCGCUGGAGAAUUCGGAUUGCCGGGGUGCAGGAGUAAGAAUCAAGAUUCUCUAAGCUGGCGAUGUAGGAGAGAAAUAUCCACUGGUCAAGGUAUGUGUUGUCUAGUGUUCAGUAUAACUAUCUGCACAACAUAUGUAUGAAGGCAUUAACAACAGGCGGAGGAGUGGAUGAGCGAUUGCCAAGACGCUAUUUUGUUUAAGGACUAGUGCGGCUCUUAUCCACUUGCAUUCCGCCGCCGCGUCGAUUAUUUUCUGGGGAAGUAUAAGUAUAUCCCUCUUCGAACGACCAGCUCGCGGUCUAGUCCAUGGGUUUUUACACCAUUCGCAUUCCUACACAGCGCCAAAAUGGGAGGCGAUCUCAAUCUUAAGAAGUCCUGGCAUCCCGUGCUCCAGAAGAACCAGGAGCGGGUAUGGCUAGAACAAAAGAAAGCGCUCGAAGAGCGCAAGCGGAUCGAGCAGAUGAUGAAGGAGCGGCAGGAAGAGAGACAGAUUCAGGAGUUACAGGAAAUGCAAGAAGCAGCAGGCGGAAAGAAACGACUAAGCCGCGUGGAUUGGAUGUACUCGGGGCCCGCAGCGGGACAGACAGGCACAACGGAGGAAAUGGAAGGCUAUCUGCUGGGCAAACGCCGCAUCGAUGAUCUGAUCAAAGGCUCAGAAAAUUCUAAACUACAGAAAUCGUCCACGGAGGACUCAUUUAUGGCCCUUCAAAACGCGAAUACCGCGAGGGAUACGGCUGCAAAAAUACGAGAAGACCCGAUGCUUGCUAUAAAGAAGCAAGAACAAGCCGCUUACGAGGCGAUGAUGAACGAUCCCGUGAGAAGGAAGCAGCUACUCAAAGCUGCAGGUGUUGAUACUACACAGUCAUCAGCAAAAAGUCGAAAGCAUCGGAAACAUCGGCAUAGGGACGAUGAAAAAGAGGAGCGAAGUUCAAGGCAUAGAUCACGGCGGAAUGACGAUAAAAGCGACAAACACAGGUCCAGGAGACAUGACGAGGAGGAUGACAGACGAAGCCGCCAUCGGAGACACCGAUCACGCAGCCCGGUCAGAUCGCCAUCGCGAUCGCGAAGUCCACCCCCUCGCUAUCAUAGAUCAAGGCGCUCAUCAUCUCCCUACCAAAGACGACAGUCAUACUCUCCGCGCCCUCGUGGCCGUUCGCGGGAACGUUCGCCCUACCAACCUGGAGAGAAGUCCCCACGCUCGAAGAGACAGAGUUGGCAUCAUUCACGAAGGAAAUCACCUCCGCCACCACCGCGUUACAGGGCCGAUGCCGCUCCAUCGAUGGACGGCAGACCAGCUACAACCGCAACUACCUCUACAAAUGAUGAAGAGCGUAUGGCCAGGCUAGCAGCUAUGCAGCAAAGUGCGAACGAGCUAGACCAAGCUCGCGCUACACGUCUAGCUGCCGCGGAGGAGCGGGAACGGGAGGAGCGGGAGGCAGAGGAGGCGGCUCGGGUUCAGUCGAGCAAGUAUGGUGGCAAGGGACGGUUCGUGAGUGGGUUGAAUCGGCGUGCUGGAGAAAUCGAUCUUGCGGAUAGGCUCCGACGUGGCAGGAGGAAUAUCGAGAAAGAGCAGGAGGCUUUCUAGGAUAUGUGGCCUUGUUUGGUUUUAUGAUGAUAAUGACUUGAAUGGAAUUUGCUUUGAUGGCUGGCUGGCGCUUUACCUCGGGUGCAUUAAUAGACCUUGCGAUAUCCACUUCGUUGACCGUUUGACCCAUCUUUGGCUAUUCCGUUUACAUUGUUUCUCCAUUACCCUCACGUUCCCCGCCUUUGACGUACGCUAGGUAUUUGGCAAAAUGUUCUUCAUCCAGGAAAAGGUCGGAUAUAACACAUGGAUAAGGACAGGAGUGCAUUCUAAACGUCUGAGUGGACAUUUUCUUAUUUUCGGCACCGUACCUUAAUUUCAAUUUCAUCUUUUUCAAGACCAGCAUUAGCCCCUGGUGCCUUACUAGGGAUCUAUCCAUGUCUUCACAUCAUCCAUCCACCUUUAUUAAAAUAGAUACCGAUCUCGCCUGAUAAAUAGUGACACAACGAACCUUCAUCUUUACUUUUCUGUCCAAUAUUUGUUACACUUGUCCUCUUUUUUACUCGACUAUGUCAAUGAACCAGCUUUUGUCUAAGUUGUAUAUCAAUUCCACCCACUGACGUAGUUCGUAGGAGGCUCAUCACUAGAAUAAAAUUAUUUCGCACAUUUCUGCGAUGUCCAAAUUUCAGAUAUUACUCAUGAUCGUUGGUACCAAUAAAUAGUUGAGCGAUGCCUGGCCGUUCCCCGGAGAGAUAUCUGAAAUUAGUGGCUGGCCCUAAGUUGUUUCGGGGGGAGGACGGUUGCUCACAAAGCUGGCGGCCGC